GGGUUCACACAAUUGAAAUGGAAACACGACUCGUCGCCGAUAAACAGCCACCGUGCUGCUAAUGCAUCUGGUAGCUGUGGUACAUGCUAGUGUUUUUGCAGGUCCUUCAAACUGGGGCGAGUCGAGUCUCAUGCGAUUGCCUUAAAACUUGAUUUUAACUAGUGGUCAAGAGAUUAGAACGAGCAUGGCAAUUUGUCAUAUUAAUUGGCAGUGUUUUUCCCAACUCUUGCAAAAAGGGACACAUUUUACACGAACACACGUUAUCAAAGUAGUUGCACAUUUAUUUACCACAACUACUCUGCAAUAAGGCAAUCGUAUUCUGUAUCUUUAUAGCUGUAUAGAAUCUGUAUAGCAUAGUUCAACAGCAAGGUGACUCAAGUGUUUUACAAAGACAUGAAAAACAGAAGAACAAAAGAAAAUUAAAAGACGUAAUUUACCAAUCAUCAAAAAAAUCAUUGACACUAAAACGGAAAUAGGAAUUAAAAGUUUAAAACCCAUAAAAAGAGCAUACAAGUUUAAUAUAAUCUACCUAAAGGCAAUGUUGAAAAUGUGAGUUUUUAACCUUGAUUGAAAUUAACUCAUCUGAUCUACAGUUUUAUGGGAGUUCGUUCCAGAUAUGCGGGGCAUAGAAACUAAAAGAUUUUUGUUCUGACUCUUGGAACGGAGGAGGUCAAUGUUCAACCCUAUUAAAACGCCAAAUACACCUAACAUUCUACCCCACCACGGAGUCCGAGUGUAGCUGGCUCAAGUGUUUUUGUCAUUUUAUUUGCACGCUGUCAUUCGUGAGUGACCUUGCCAGAUAACGGUGUAGCCUCUUCGCCACAGUCAAAGGCAACUUUGUCGCGUUAAAGAGUAAACAACUGACGAGUGCGAUCACCUCGUGUGUGACACAUGCCAUGUGUACGCCGUGCAAAAGCAACGCAGAGAACAAAUGUUACACUUUGCAACUCAUGCUAGCCACGGAAACGCUCUGUGUGUGCUCCGCAGUGUUAGCCACUGAGCUAACGUUUCAGUGAGCCAUGUAUGAGCUAACAGCACAGGUCACCAGCAGCCUGCUGCCUUUCCCAGCAGUGACCCUCGAGGCUGUUGGAGAGGAUGAGAUAACGCAGGACUCUUUGCUUCAAGGCAGGUUUACUGUUGGUCGUGGAGGACAUGCUUGGCUCGCCUGUGGGCCCCAUCUCGAGUUUGUCCACGCACUGACCGGAGAACGUCUGUCUGCGUACCGCUUCAGUAGCGAAGGGGAGCACCCGCCUAGCAUCCUCACCGCAAGGGACUUUAGAUGGCUCAAAAGGUCUGGAUUGCUGGUGGGCUUAGAGGAAACCGAAGGCAGCGUGCUCUGUCUUUAUGACUUGGGACUAUCCAGGGUGGCCAAAGCUGUGGUUAUUCCAGGCAGAAUUACAGCCAUAGAACCGUUAGUGAGCUAUGGUGGAGCAAGCACCUCCACCCAGCACCUCCACCAGAGUCUUCGCUGGUUCUUUGGGAUUGCUGCCGUAGUAACGGAUCUCGGCCAUGUUCUGCUAGUGGACCUCUGUCUGGACGACCUCUCUUGCAACCAGAGCGAGCUGAAGGCUUCAGGUUUGCAAGUAGUGACCAAAACUCCAAAAGAGAUUCCCAAGCUUCGGGAAGUGAGCACCAGAGAGGGGAGACAUCUUUCCCUCCAGCUAAAUGGGCCGAGUGGUGUGUCAGCCACAGCACUGCACUACAUCCCUAGAACAAACCAACUGGCCGUGGGCUUCUCUGAUGGCUACUUGCAGCUUUGGAACUUGAAGUCUCUCAGAAAAGAAUACCACUCCCAGUUAGAUGGUGGCAGAGUACCCGUCCAUGCCUUCACCUUCCAGGAGCCGGAAAAUGACCCCAGGAACUGCUGCUACCUCUGGGCUGUCCAGUCUUCUCAGGAUCAAUCCACCCAGUAUCACCUCUCACUUCUUUCACACCCACACAGAGAGGGAGAUAUGGUCAGUCUCAGGCUGCUACAGAUGGCUUUUAGUGAGCGGAAGUGUCUAGCCUCAGGGAAGAUCCUCUAUGAGGGUUUAGAGUACUGUGAGGAGCGUUACAGUCAGGAGCUCAGUGGUGCAGCUUUUCCUCUCAGAGCCCAAACCAUCAACACCCGCCUGCUGUGCUGCCAGACCAUCGAGAAAUUCCGACCCCACCCAGACAGGGAUGACAGCAUGAAUGAAGUUGCAUCGCCAGACACCAGCGUUGCCAUCUUUAGCUGGCAAGUCAAGGCCUACGGACAGGGAACGCCAUCUACCUACAUUGGGAUUUUUGACAUCAACCGUUGGUACCAUGCACAAAUGCCAGACUCAUUCAGAAUGGGCGAGUCUUUGCAGAACUGUCCCUACCUUGCAAUUUGGUGUUUGAACCCAGUGACACAAAUGGCUUCGCCGCACACCCUACUGGAUGUGGUGGUACAGGAUCACAGUCUCAGCAGAGGUCUGCCUUUAACUUUCCCCCCACCAGAACAGUACUUUAACCCAACCGCAUAUAACUUUGAUGCCACCUGUUUAUUCAACUCUGGAAUUGUCCAUUCAAAUUGCUCUGGAUAUCAGAAAGAGACCUUGAGCUUUUUGAAGAAAGCUGCUCCCUGUUCCAGGGACCUCAUCUCCAGCAGCUAUUCACGUUGCCUAAUGUCAGGCCUUCUGUCAUCUCGCCUUGUGGACGCCCACACCUCCAGCAUCUCGCAGGAGGAGCAGCUGGAUGCCAUCCUGUCAACUGCUUUAGAGACUAACUCUUUGGGACUUAUCACUGGUUGCAUAAAGCAGUGGACUGCAGAGGAACAACCUGGCUCUGCACUAAACCUGCGCUACAUCUUGGAUUGGGCCUGGAACAAAGUGACCCAGACCAAGGAGGAACUGGAUGGCAUCUGUGCACCGCUGUUCGACACCUCGUCCAACUUCACGGAUCCUCAGACCAUGCAGUUGCUGCAGCACAGCCAGAGGCUACUGGAAAAUCUCAGAACCAUCUUCCACUGUCUGCUCACUGAAGCGCAGGAGCUCACGCAGAAUGGUCUACUCGGUCUGAUCAACAAGAAUGUGGUGUCCAGUCUGAUUUCCAAGUACGCACAAGUGGUCCUCUGGUUCUGUCGCACUGGCCUGCUGCCCGAAGGUUCAGAUGUUGAUGCCAUGCAGAUCCCUAGGCCUUUCUACAGUCACUCAGUCAUCAGCAACUAUUACUCUAUUCGCAGGGAGGAUCUCACCACUCUAGCGAAGGGCAAGUGGUGUGCAGACUGUCUGAUGAUUGACAGUUUGGUCAGCCAAUGUGGAGAGCAGUUGACCAACCUUUGGAAAAGGGAUGAAGGUGGAACAGGACAGUACCCACCACCUACCCUUCAUGCUUUGCUGGAUAUUUAUCUUCUGGACAGCGUUGAUGGGGCUGCAAAACAUGCGAUUGUAAUCUAUUUAUUGCUAGAUGUCAUGUACUCUUUCCCCAGUAAGGAGGGCGCGUCAGUUGAGUCAUUUCCCACAGCGUUUGACAUCCCUGUCGGAUUAGUUAAACUGGUACAAGGCCUCUGGCUGUUGGACCACCGUGACUACCAGGGUUCAUUCGAGCUGCUCCUGAAUCCAUCCGCCUCUCAGUGUCACUUUGACUGGCAGCAUGAGCGCAUCCUGCAAGCACUAAUGUGCCAGGGCCAACACUCAUUGGCACUCCGCUAUUUUUACGUUACAAAGCCCCCCAUUUCCUCAAUUUCCCAGGCCAGACUAUGUCUGGCUGUACUGCUACACAACAGGUGUCUCACUGAGGCAUGGUCAUUACUACGGCAACACUCGAGUCAUCUCAAUGUGGCCGAGCUGCACAGCUUCCUGUACGAGAGCUGCCAGGAGCUGGGUCUCAUCAAAGAGCUACUCAAACUGCCCCUCGGCCCCACUGAACAGGAAACUUUGGAGAAGUUUCUUCACAGUGCAGGUGGUGUCCAAAACAGGGAAAUACUGUUGGUUCAUUACCUUCAGCAAGCCAACUACAUACCUGCCCUACGACUCAACCACAGCCUCAAAAUGCACCUUGUGAACGAGCGUGACCCAACGCUUAAAGAGCGAUCAAACACCCGCAACUCUAUAUUGGACCAGUAUGCCAAAGUUUUGCCCAGAGUUCAGAGGAAACUGGCAAUGGAGAAGGCUAAAACCUACCAACAUCCCAGCACCAUCCGCAAAGAAGUGACUCGUCCACAGCCACUGUCAACUAUCAGCAAGCGUUCUGCCAAUGGGAAGGUGAUAUCCAGGGCGGGUUUCAUCAACAAUGUCCUGACCAAGAUUGAGGAGUUGUGGUUGGCUGAAGGAGAGACGCCACAGUCUUCCCCUGAUAGGAAUCCAAGAACUCCUGGAUUCCUGAGUCCACCACUUAAACCCACAUCCCAAACCCAAGCAGAACCAUUCCUGGGAACUCCAAUUUCUAUGAGCUCUAAACGAAAGUCAAGGCUGAUAGACAUGGUGGUUCAUCCCUCCUGUCACACCCCUCGACCUCUUCUCAGUCCUGCCAGACCUUCUUGGGCCAUUCUCAAAAGCACCACUAAGGCCCCUGAAUUUAACCUGCUGCAAACUCCACUGAUUGUGAAGCGUGCUCGUGCCCUAGCUGCUUCCAGCAGAGUCUUCUCAGCCUUCACCCCUCAGUCCAUCCUCCGCAGUAGCCAGAGGCCCACUCCCAUGGCCACUCCCUCCGCAUCUCCCAGGAAAUCCAUCACACCGCCGCUUCGCAGCAAAGAGAGCAGGAUCACCUUUAGUGAAGUGGCUGAGUCUCCUGAACCAGAAAACGAUAUCCACUGGACCAACGGGAUGGCAGCAAACAGUGAGAUAAGCCUGCUCACCAGAGGAGCCAGCCUGUCUCACACACGUAAGACAUGGUCCGUUCAAAUGGAUGAAGAUGAAGAAGCAGACCCACCCCAUGCAAAGUUCAUGCCUCCUGAAGGUGGUAUUCCCUCACCACAGCUGAGAUGCUCUCUGAGGGAAUCAUUUUCUAUUCACGAAGCUGCAGAAUCAACCAAACCGUCGGAGGCGCCACAAGCUCAACUUAGUUUGAGCUUUGACACCAGCCAGAGUUUCCGGUCAACAGACACCACUCUGGAAUACUAUGAUGCUGCUCUUCCAGGCGACCAUCGAGAGGAAGGAGAGCAUAUCAAUACAGAGAAAGGCGAUGGCGUUGUGACUGUGAACCUCAAGUUUUCAAGUGAAAGUGAAAAGCUAGAAUCAGAGCAGAACUCUAUUCCACCUACUCCUCUGCAGAUAGCAAAUGACGCUCAGCAUGAAGACCAGGAGCUGAAGAACGAAGAGACAUUUGAAGAUGUGAUGGAGAUUGCUGUGGAGCAAGAGCAGUACAACAAAGAAGAAGCUGAGUGCAAAAUGGAGAAUGAGGUAGACACUGAAUCAGGUAGCAAACAAGAAGAUCCUGAAGGUUUUGAAAAAGAAGAACCAUCCUGUCAUGGUGGUGAGCUGGUGGACACUGCCCCAGAGACAGAAUCACAGUCAUUGAUCACUGAGGAGAAUACCACCCAGUCAGAAUUCCUUGAAUCCACGGCCACUUUAGAGCACCUGAAAGCAUGUGGAGACUCUCAAGCCAUCACGAUCACGCAGCAUGUAACCGCAUGUGAAGAUGGUGAAGUCACAAAGUUCACUCAGCGCAUGAAUGCAUUUGGAGAUACCGAAACUACUAUAUUCACUGAGCCUGCGAAAACAUGUGGAGAUUCUCAGCCUGGAGAUGUACCACCAGAGAAUCUGGAGCAAUCAACAGAUCUGACAGAGUUUGUGGAGCGACAUUUGUUUGGUAGUGGUCUGUCUCCUCCUCUGACCCGCUCUGGAAUCCAUGUCUUAUCCCAGACACCCCCCAGCGGUGCGGUAGAAGAGGAAGAGCAGGCUUCUGCUGAAGCUCCACCCAUGUUCACCAGCCAAAAUUCCACCCCCUCUGUGACGUCUUCUGAGCCAACAGGGACAGACUCCCACUCUGUUGUGAGUGUGAACGAAAGCGAAGAACUUUCAAGCUCCGACGAUGAGGAGGAGGAUGAGGAAGAGGAGGAUGAGGAGGCGGCGGCGGAGGAGGAGGAAGAAGAAGAAGAAUCUGAUGAGGCAGAAGAAGAGUGUAAUGAAGAGGAGGAUGACUCUGGUAGUGAAGUGGAGAUCAUUGAGGAGAUCCAGGGCAACGGGAGCCUGCGAGCCCUCCCACCAGACUCUGCCUUUAUCCAUGAUGAACACAAUCACUUCUUACCGAUGUUGUCGGAGCAGGAAGCUGCAGAGUUUUCUCUUAUCCCGCCAGGUGUUGAGAUGAAGGUGGUCGGAGAGGAAAUGGAAGGCGAAGUAUUAAUGGUGAGACUUGGCGCUGAUACAGAAGCGAUUGAGGCGCUCGAGGGUGAGGGUCCAAGGUCGUCCUACAUGGAGCUUAAACCUUCAACCACUCUCCUGGUUCCUCUCGAGCUUGUGGACGGCCAACAAGAGGUGAUUGACAGCUCCCCCCUACAACUGCCUGAGAUCCAGCAACCCGUCGUGCCAGAUGAGCAGAGGUGUGAAACUCAUGGCACCUUCUCGUUAAUGCUGGACAUGGAUGAGGAUGGGGCUAAAGAGGUGGCUAUGAUGCCAGUGGAGGAUUAUCUGCAGUCAUCAGAACCAAUUGUAGUGCCCACUGAUGACCUGGCGACACAACCAGACAUUAUUCUUCUGGCCCCGGAUGCUAUCGAGUUUGAGGAGGCCAUACAAGAAGAUGAGAGGAAGGAAAUGGAGCCUGUGGAUGGGAUUCAAAUCGAUGGUCAGACUGACCUACAGUACAAUUACACUGAGGCAGAACUGAAGGUGGAAGACGCUCAAGAACAAAUAGAUUCUAAAGAUCUGGAGCCUGCCAUUCUACCAGACUCUGAGUCUACAUCAGUGGAGGAACCUGCAGAGGUUUUGGAAGACGGAGAAGGUAAAAAUUAUGUACUAGCACAAGAUGCCAAUGAGGAGGAGAUGGAACAAGAGGAAGGCAAACCUAAAUUUACUGAGGCCCAGAAAGACUAUGAAGACAAUGAGCCUGCUAAGAUGGAAGGAACUGUCACUCAUCCAGAGCCCACAAGCUCUUUGGAGGAAGAACAGCAGCAUCUGGACCCCACAGAGCUGGAUAGCAAGGAAGAACGUCCAAGUGAGACCAAAACAAUUAGUGAAGCGGUUCAAAAUGAUUUCACUUCCACAACAGAACCUGAAGAUGUCCCAGAGACUUCAACUUCUCAAAAGACCGUUCAGUUCACUCCUACACGGAUGACAACACGGGCGAGGCGAACGGUUACGUUCAUCUCUCCCCUUCCUGUGGAACUGCCCAGUCGAACACCUAGAAACAAAGAGACCAAAGUCCGAGCCAGCACACCUCGGAGAAGCUCUCGCAGAGCUCCACCUGAACUUUCUCAAAUGCAGGAGGAAAGUUCAAAGAAGCAGGACAUUGUUGAUGAUGCUACAGCAGCUUUCCAUACCUCCUCUGUUGCUUCUCCUUCCAGACAACAAGCUUCUCGAAGAGCGACUCCAGUAAGAACUAGACAAACAAGUGGAAGUAAGGACAAAUCUGAUGCCGGAGAGGAGGAACCUGAAGAUGUCACUAAUGCAAACAUUGCUCCUGAAGUAGCCACCAGGAUUUCCAUCCUAGACAAACGCAGGAGCUCUCAGACUAGCACCCCGAGGAGGUCCAGUCGUAGAAUCCAUAACAGCGAUGAGUUGUUGCAAACAACACUGGAGGUAAUAAGGGAGGAGAACAAAGAACACAAGGUUUUUUCACCAGCUGUCAAACACAGCACCAGAAAGACGAGGCUCAAACCAUCAAAGGAGGAAGAGGACAAUACCCAGCCCAAAUCCAGCCCGAGUAGAGCGACACGUCAGUCCAGGCGCAUCACUCUGAAUGUCAAUCCACAGAGCGCAACAAAGAUGGAGGCGAGCAUCAGUGAUGCCGUGGACGAGCUUGCACCGAGCAGCAACACUGCGUAUCGCCGGCGGACAGCUAGAGGCAAACUUUGGGACCACCCGGAGGAAGACCUCUUUUUACUGCACACACCUUUAGAAGCGGAUUCUGAAGCCCCAGUAGCAGACGCCCUCAUCAAGAGGCUUCAAGACGAGGAGGAGAAGCCGAAAGUAGGAGUUGUCAGAAAAAUGUUAAAGACCAGGAGGACACCAUCCGUGGAUGUCCUGGUGGUAGAUCCUGCGGAGGAUGAGACCAGCCCAGGAGAACAUUUAUUCCUUCACUUGCCCUCACGAAGGAGAACAAGAGUGUCAGCAGCCAGCAGAGCAGUGUCUCCAGGUCCUGGUGAAGAUGUUCCAGGUGCCGUCACUUGCAGCAAGAGAAGUGUCAAAAGUGCAUCAAAGGAAGAAUUUACUUCAGAAGCAGACUAUGUGGAAGAGGACAAGGCAGCUUCCAAAAUCAGAAAAACUGCCAAGCGAAAAGCCAAAUCCGCCUUGGAACCACUUCCAGCAGUCGAAGCAGAUCUGAUCUCACCACUGUCCAGCCCGGCCAAUCAGGCCCCGCAAGCCCAGAAGAGGAUAAAGGAAGCGGGCUCUCAGAGGUUGUCCAUCAUGAACUUGCGCCGUAAACGCAUAAUGGACAGCGUUUUCACCAAGCCCAUCACGCGCAGGAAGAAGCUCUGAUGGAAAAUGUAUUUCGACUCUUUAAGUGAUGCUCAGUGCAUUUCGAGGAAGUUCAUCAGUGGCCAUUUUGAUUGGGUUUGAUGCUGGCAGCAGUCAGCUGCUAGUUAUUUACAGACGUUCUCAUAAAAAAAUCAAGGGUGAAAAAAGUCAACUUGCCGUUUGUGAGGAGGCAUUAAAUCAGUGGUGUCCAAACUGCAACCCCUAGGCCAUUUGGAUCCCGUCAUCCAUUUUUUAGCGGCAUGACACAUGGCUGCAAUGGCAGUUAACAAAAAAGUGGGUUGAAGGUGGGUGGAGUUUGGGUUUUGAAAAAAAUGGGCUUGGGUGGAGUGUUACAACCCACAUAUUUGGGGGGGGAGACUACCAAUACUGCAAAGUUGUUUGUAUACAGUUGACCCUCACUUAUUUGCGAUUCAUCACCCGCGGAUUCACCUAUUUGCAGAUUUUAUUUUUAUUUUUAUAUACUUUGUUUUUGUUUUUCUUCUUGGAGGACCCACUAUCGUUUUUUGUUUAAAAAAAUGCUUAUUGGCAGUGAAUCCCCGCUUCAAGAAUACCACCCACCCCCAUGCAAUUAUAAUGGCCACCAAUUAGUCACAAUUAUUAUUUUUUUGCUAUUCAUGGUCAGUCCCUCACGAAUAGCGGGGGUCCCACUGUACUGUACACCUUUUUUAGAUAUGCAAAUAAACUAUUUACAAUUAACAUAGUAACAGCAUUUCUCUUUAAUAACACUGUUUUUAAUAAAGAAUUCACAUUUAGAAGUAAAACUGGUUUCCUUUAGUCUGCUUACUACAGAUUGCUCCUGUUUUAGGUCAAAAUGUCGAGAUGGGAUUUGGUUGUUAUUCAGUGCAGGUGUGGAUCUAUUCCAGUGGGCCUUGCAAUUUUUUAAAUCCUCUUUGCAUUUUUCCCUUAUAACAAAAUAUUUUCAAAAUGGCCACAAUAUAUAAUUGCUCGAUUUAUUAAUAUUAGCGUGUUUAAUAAACUCAAGUCGCAUUUCAAAGUGGCCCUUGCAUCCUUUUAUAUGGGGCCUUUGGGUGGAAAAGGUUUGGACACCCCUGCUUUAAAUGCAUUCAUUCUCAAGUGUUUGUGGUUCAAUUUUAAACAAUGCCAUUCAGAAGAAAAGCAACCAAUAUUUUUAACAAUUUGUAAAAAAAAACAACAUUUUUUUGUUUCAAAUAAAGUUAUAAAUGUGAAAAAAAUGUUCAUUAGGAUUUAUCACAUUGACAUCUAAUCUCACUGCUAGUCUUAAAUUUUGAAUUCACUGGUGUGGCGCACGACAUGUUCAUUGGUGCCAAAACAUUUGGACUCUUCCUCCUGGGAAUACUGUACAGUGUGCAAAGAAGAAAAACAUAUUUUGGAUUUGGUGACUUGGGUGGGUUCAUUGUAUGGCUGAUACAAAGGCUGUUUUAUGAAGUGUAGAAUGUCUUAUUUUUGAUGAUGACUGCUCUUUGAUAAAUAGAGUAAAGAUUGAUGAACAAUUGGA